GCUAGCAGGUUAGCUAAUGUGGUGUAUGCCCGCGCCAUCUUUUGGGAAAUGUGUUGCAACGGAGAUAUAAACUAGUUUUUUUUUUUCUUUGGAUGAUUAUAUGUGUGGAUCUGCACCUUACUGAAUCAACAAAAGUCGCAUUUUAAUAACGUCACGACUUGGGCGAUGGGAUGUAGCCCUCGCUGGCUCCCCUCAGAACACACGAAGAAGAAAUACAGAACUCCCUGAAGAAGAAGAAGGUGUCCAUCCGGCCGACGUGACCCGGAGAUCCCCCCCCCACCCCUCACGUUCCAUCGCAGCCCCGUCAUGUCUGCAGUCACCUCCACCCCCACAGCGCCCCCCCAGGGCGGGAACCCGCCCCCACCGCCCCCCCCGGAAGUCACUGACCCGACCAAACCAGGCCGCAAGACCAACCAGCUCCAAUACAUGCAGAACGUGGUGGUCAAGACCCUUUGGAGGCAUCAGUUCGCCUGGCCUUUUUAUCAGCCUGUGGACGCCCUUAAACUGGGGCUGCCGGACUAUCACAAGAUCAUCAAGAUCCCCAUGGACAUGGGCACCAUCAAGAAGCGCCUGGAGAACAGCUACUACUGGAGUGCCAGCGAGUGCAUGCAGGACUUCAACACCAUGUUCACCAACUGUUACAUCUACAACAAGCCUACGGACGACAUCGUCCUGAUGGCCCAGGCCCUGGAGAAGAUCUUCCUGCAGAAGGUGGCCAUGAUCCCCCAGGAGGAAGUGGAGCUGUUGCCUCCAGCACCAAAGGUGAAAGUGCGUAAGAGCGGGCCGGACGCCCCUCUCACCCCAGGCUCCCCGCCGUUGUCCAUCUCGGGGCCCACGUCCCCCGUGUCCCAGACGGCCCUCACCUCCCCCACCCCGUCCGUCACAACCCCCACCAACGCGCCCGCCGUCCAGAACUCGCCCAUCACGCCCGUGGUCAAAAAAGGGGUGAAGAGGAAAGCGGACACGACCACCCCCACCACCUCUGCCAUCACGGCCGGCCUCGGCGACUCUCCCCCAGAGGGCCCCAAGCAGGGCAAGCCAGGCCCCCGGAGGGAGAGCACCGGCCGGCCCAUCAAGCCCCCGAAGAAAGACCUGGAGGACGGGGAGGCGGUCCAGCACGCCACCAAGCGCAGCCGCUUGACGGAGCAGCUCAAGUACUGCGACACCAUCCUGAGGGAGAUGCUGUCCAAGAAGCAUGCGGCGUACGCCUGGCCCUUCUACAAGCCUGUGGACGCUGCAGCCCUGGAGCUGCACGACUACCACGAGAUCAUCAAACACCCCAUGGACCUCAGCACUGUCAAGAAAAAGAUGGAUGGUCGUGAGUACCAGGAUGUGCAGGUGUUUGCCGCAGACGUGAGACUAAUGUUCUCAAACUGCUACAAGUACAACCCCCCCGACCACGAAGUCGUUGCCAUGGCAAGGAAACUCCAGGACGUGUUCGAGAUGCGUUUCGCCAAGAUGCCGGACGAGCCGGCGGAGCCUGCCCGGCCCGGAGGCCUGCUGAGCCGGAACACCACCAGCAGCGCCGACUCCUCCUCCUCCGCCUCCGACACCUCCGACUCUGAGGAGGAGCGCGCUUCACGCCUGGCUGAGCUGCAGGAACAGGUGGGAGCGGAACAGUGCGUGGAGCGCCCUGAUGGUAUUGGGGAAAAAAACGGGUGCACCAAGCAUUACCAGCUGAAAGCCGUCCACGAACAGCUAGCCGCUCUCUCUCAGGCCCCCGUCAGCAAACCAAAGAAGAAGAAGGACAAGAAGGAGAAGGACAAGAAGAAGAAAGACAAGCACAUCAAAGCCAAGAGCGGCGAGGAGGACAAGGCCAAGCCAGGCCAGACGGGAAAGAGGAAGAAAGGGCCGUCUAGGAAAGCGAACAGCACCAGCAGGUCAAAGAAGGGUGGGCGGGGCUACAACUCUGACGAGGACGAGGAGUCUCUGCCGAUGACGUACGACGAGAAGCGCCAGCUCAGCCUGGACAUCAACCGUCUCCCGGGGGAGAAGCUGGGCCGCGUCGUCCACAUCAUCCAGUCCCGCGAGCCCUCGCUGCGGGACUCCAACCCGGACGAGAUAGAGAUCGACUUCGAGACGCUCAAGCCCUCCACGCUCAGGGAGCUGGAGAGAUACGUCAAGUCCUGUUUACAGAGGAAGCAGAAGAAACCUCAGCAGAAGAGUGGCUCUGGGCCGGGCAGCGGGGCGUCUCGUGUCAGCGGCGGCAGCAGCUCGUCAGACAGCAGCUCCAGUUCCUCCGGCUCCAGCUCGGACAGCAGCGACACCGACUGACACGCCGUGGCAGCCGCCGGGAACCGCCGCGCCUCACUCGGAUUUCUACCUUUUUCAUUUUAACAAGACAUUGUAUGCAGUCAGUUGUUUCUCUCCCUCUCUCCCCUCCCCCCCACUCCCACCCCCUGCUCGCCUGGCCCUGCCGUCUAAAAUAUUUUGUAAGAGAGACACAGAGACAGAAGAGAAAAAAACUAUAAAAAUGUAUUGUCAUGUCAAUACACAUACUUUUUUCAAGAAAUACCUUUUAUGGAGGGGGACAAAAAAAAAAAUUGAAAAAAAGAUGGGGAAUUAUAGAUGUCUUGACAGGGUUCUUGUUUCCAGUGACCUUCCAGGGAUGCGUUCAGAAAAAAUGACCAAACAAAAUCUUUAAAGGAAGAAAAGCGAGAUUUGUAUUCUUCUGGAUGAAUGGAAGUGUCCUUCGCCCAGAGUAUCAACAUCAAUAUGCAAUUUGAAGGAGUUUCUGCAUAGUUACCUGGAAGGAACAGCUCCUUUUCAAGCUCUGUGCCCCUGUCACACCUGUCACACAGCCAGCUCGCUGCCUUGUCCUCAUAACUUGUAUUUAUCACAAAGACUCACAUUCACAACUUCCACCUCAUCUUCAGUAAGAUUUGGACUUUGUGUUCGUAAAAAGAACAGUUUGGGUAUAUUAGCGGGGGGGUUUUCUCAACGAAUUGAGAAAACGCAACUCAGACUCCAGAUAUAGUAUCCUCUCAACUUGUCCUGAACAAGACGACCACUAGACGUGAUGGCUUUCCCGUAGGCCUAAGUCUGUUUGCUGGCCUCCCAACCGCUCUACCAUCCUUACUGAUGAAUGUAUGAUGCUUGGAACACCUUCUCUACUUAAGACGGACAAACAUGUACAUAAAUGACCUGUGUUGACCAUAACGCUGGAACAGCUAUCACUGAACACUUACUGCCUGCAGCCGCCGACUGUCGGCGCCGUUUCCAAACAGUGACGAUCUUAUACUCUGGUUGUUUUUAUCGUCGAUGUCAUUAUAACCAACCCAAAACAAUAGCGAUGCGCGUCUUCCUCUCAAGUACGAUAGAAAGAGUUGAUUUCUGAAUGUAUCUGUCUUUCAGCAGGUCCUGUUUUACAGCUUUUUUCUUAUAACAACUUCUCAUCUAUUUUCGGUAAAGUCUAUUUGAGACUUCCCUCACCUUUUUUUCAUCAAGGUGAUUAAACGGUUAAUAUAUAAUAAAGAAGCCCAGAAAGGAUGCGUUUGAAAAAUCCCAUUAACGUUUUAAUUGUCCUCUUCUCCUGGAAGCUAGACAAUUAUUUGCGUAGAGCAUUUAUGAAGGCCCUGUUAAAAGGAAAUGUAAAUUUUAUUUUUGUGGUCAUGUUUCUGAUUUAGUCUACUUACCAAUGUUGUUCUCCGAUGCCCCAUCAGAUUUUUUCUAGGAAUGGUAUCUUUAGGAUGUGAAAAACAAAAGAAAAAUAUAUAUGAAUAUAUAUAUAGAUAAAUAUAUAUAUAUAUAUACAACUUUUAGUUCAUUUUUAAGCCCUGGUCAGACUAUUAUAAUAGUUCUUUUUAUAUUUUGAAAAGCAAAUGUUUACUUUUUAUUCUUGAUGUGCAUGCAACAUUUAUUGAAACUUUCUUAUACCUUUUUUGAGCCGUUUAUAGUACCCUCCUGUACAUGUCAGUCAUCAAAACAAAUCAAGAAUUCAGUGUUGGUAGUUUUAGACCUGUUUAUUGCAAUAUGGGCCUGACAGGGGGGAGGGGGUUGGGGACUGGAGAUAGAAGCUAACAUUUGAUGUAACCGCUAACCUGGAAUCGGGUUCGUUUUUGUUUUUGUUUUGCUGUUGUUUUUUUCGUAAAUAAAUGACACAAAGAUCCUU